AUGACAUCUCACGCGUUUCCCUCUCUAGCUCGAAAACCUCCGUGCACACAGCGCAAUUGGCCUCCGCACAUAUGUGGCAAUCAGAGAUUUCAACCCUCGAUAAAGACUCAAUCGCCGAUUUCGACGCCGGAUGGUUUUCAGAUCUACCAUCUUGACUCGGCUGUUCGAGCUGUCGCUCAGAUACAGAAUCCGGAAGCGGCCUUAGACCCAAUCCGGAUCCGUCAAAAGCGCGUCUCGGUUGACCGGGUUAAACGAUGGAUGACGACCGGAUCUCCGACGUCUAAUCACGGAUCUACGGUUGUUGUAGAUCAAUCUAACUUCAGUGGAAGCUGGGUCGGCAGGAGCGGAUGA